AACUGUAACCACGAAACGAUAAUGGAGAAGAUGGCGAUUCUGAAAGAGUGGUUUGACCGGGUUGACUCGGACAAAACCGGAAGCAUCACUGCAAUCCAACUUAAGAGUGUGUUCGCCAUUGGAAAUUUAGAAUUCCCUAUCUCCGUUGUGGAGCAGAUGAUCAGAAUGUACGACUUUGACAGGAACGGAACCAUGAGUUUUGAUGAGUUUGCUGAGCUCAACAAGUUUCUUCAGAAGAUUCAAAAUGUAUUCUCAGAGUUGGAAAGGGGUCGUGGAUUUCUUAUGCCAGAUGAUGUAUAUGAGGCAUUGACUAGAAUUGGGUUCUCCCUUGACUCCCCAGCAUUCUACACAGUUUGUGAGAGUUUUGACAAAGCAAAGAAUGGGAAAUUCAAGCUUGAUGAUUUCAUAUCUCUUUGUAUCUUUGUACAGUCUGCUCGGAACCUGUUUAACUCAUUCGAUACAAGUAAACAAGGCAGGAUCAGUCUUGAUUUCAAUCAAUUUUGUUAUUGUACUGCCAAUUGCAGAAUAUGAAAUCAGCAUCUCCUAUGUGAUCUUGGGCACAAGUGAUAUUUCCUGCAAGCCAGAGUCUGAAUAAUUUUGGAAGGAGGAUGCUGUGGUGUUAUCAUGCCUGCCUUGAGCUGUGAAUAUUCAUUCUGCUCUAUAGUGCUGAAAGCUAUUCUUUUUAUGUAUGCUGUCUGUACUAGACUAGAUGUCUGAUACCCUUUAUCGUAAAAGUAGUAGUCUUAAUGGUGUAUUGUAACGAUUGAUUUCCUUUGAGUUUGAUAUAUACUUCCCAACAGAUGCAUAUAUCGGCAUAUAUGCAAUAGUAAACAAAUCUAUGAUUUUUGCUCAAAUAAAAAAAUUGAAUUGAACCAA